AAAAUAACAGUUCAAGGUUCAACACAUAUUCGAACUGUUUGCUCGAGUUAUUAAUAACUUCAAAUAUGACUUUCACCAAAAUAUGUUUGAGAAGAGAGCGUAUACUUUGGUCACCAAUUUGCCGUAUGCAGCAGCUGAUGUGCCGACAAAGCAGAGACAGACACAGCAGUGCCGCUGUAACAGAUUCCACUGUUUUGACAGAGGAUGAUUUCUCUUUGCUGCUGACAGAAGAGCAACGUCAGCGCUGCAUGGAGCAACUACGAAAUGUGCCCGCCUUUCCGCGUCCCAAAUCCCUGACUCCUAACAGGAACGAAAAGAACUCAGCCGCCGUGCUGAUAGCGCUAUGCCUGGAGCAACAUAGUUCAACAGCAAUGAAAUUUCGUUGCUGUACACACGACGAUCCCGCCACUUGCGUAGCCACAGUUUGCAAAUAUCAUUUCCGGGCGGUAAGCGAGAUGAAAGUGACGCCAGCUUUGAGGAAUGCGCACUGCGGGAAACGGAGGAAGAAAUUGGUCUGCCACGAGAACGCAUUCAAAUUUGGGGCGAGGCCAGUGCGCUUCAUUUGCCACGCACCGCCAGCAUUGUGCCUGUUGUGGGCUUAGUGCCCGAUUUUCAUGUCACCCAACUAAAACUGAACUUGGAUGAGGUGGAGGAGGCCUUCAGUAUACCGCUCAACACCCUAAUAAGGCCAACAGUUGCCCGCCACACCCAAUUCCGCAGUGGCUACAGCGGACCUACCUUUGUGGUAGAUCAGCUCCGUAUCUGGGGCAUAACCGGCUAUUUAACAUACUGGUUUCUGCGUUGCCUGCUGCCCGGUACCCUGAUGCCCGACACUCUGAAAACGAAAAUGAAUUUCAUACGUCCAUAUAGGCUGCCCCCACCAGCAGCGCAUCAUCACAAAUCAACUAACCAUUGACCAGUCAAAUCUGACUGCAUCAUACCAUAUGUGUGCCUUCAUAACUGCAGAAAUACUCGGGUUAAACCUGAUAUUAAUUUUGUUAUAUAUAUAUGUACAUAAAAGUUACAAUUGAUGCAGAAAUGCAGAGGUUACGAUAAUAAAAUAUUUGUUGACCAUA